AUGCAUCCCUUGCAGUGGGUGUCCAAUGGCAGGACGGAUUGGGAGAAGUGUUAUGGAGCACAGGCGCUGAACUGGUUGUCCAAGACAGCACAUCAGGCGACCCAGACCCUCAUGUGCGACGACAACUCCGAUGAGGAGGGGAAGGAUGGUGGAAAAAGAAGAGCGCCACGAGUACCAUUGUCUCCUGGUCCCUUUGGACCAGAUGGCUUCGAGGGUCCGUAUGAUGGGAAGUUGGCCUUCAACCCAGAUGCUUCGCACCCGCUGGCCCUCUUCCAUGCGGGUGUCAAGAACCGGUCUGGAAGCCUUCCUGGCUCUCCCUAUGAAGGCGGGCUUGCUCCCAGUUCCAAGGUCGACUGCAGUCGAUAUGAACCAUUAUGA